AUGAGGCAACUCUUGUUUUUGCUAGCAAUUUUCACCACAGCCUCAACCUCUCCCAUCCCGCAAAAAGCCCAACCCGUGAAGAUGCCGUGCAAUGGGAACGCUUCCGAUUGCGUGGUGCACGUGUUUCGGAUCAAAUUGACGGAAAACAUCAACGGGAGCACGAGGGAAUACCCGGUGGAUCUGCCGAUGAAGCGGAGGAGCAAAUACGGCAAAAAUGUGUACGCGCCGGUGGGAAAUCUGGAGUCGCAUCAGCUGGCCGAGAAGAUUAUCGAGAAAAUGCCGAACACCAUCAAUAAAGAUGUGAAGGAACGUGUCCGAAAAGAGGAAUUCCUGAUCUCGCCCGUUGAUGAUCGAGAAGACCCUCAUGCUCCUCCACCAGAAGAGAUUGGAGCAGGCGGAGAGAUUGAGGAGACGCAGAGGAGACACACAGAACGAACCACAACUAAUGACAACACCCACGGAAUCGCCCAUACUAUUGACGAGGCGUUUCCGCUGAUCCUGUUGCUGCUGCUGGUGGCGAUAGGUGUAGUGGUGGGGAUACUGUGCACAUGUCUCGGUCUAUUCCUCAUCGACUACAGGAGGAAACCACAUUUUGACCGAUCUGUGGCCAUUUCGUAUAAGCGUCAUCCAUCGGGCCGUCAGGCACUUCUCGAGCCCCAGGGCCGAACUACCGUAAUCCACAAAACGUCCGUGACGCGUAGCAGUCGCCCUCCGCCAUCCCAUCGACCACCCAGGGCGUCGCGGCCUACGCAACGAUACGUGAGGACGGAUGUGUCGAGCGACUGGAAUGGGCAUUCGUCUCGAGAAUCGUCUCAAACCCGCGACUCGUCCGAUUCUCGAGGUGUGAAUCGUUUAUUCUCCCGUCGUCGCCGUCGUGUCCGCCACGAUACAGCUGACGCGACAGAGGCCAGGAAUGCCGUUAUUUCGUCGUUUGUCGAGCAUCACCUUACGAUAACGCAGUUGCAGGAUGUCUACCCCGACUCUUUCAUCUAUGCCCCCGAUCCGUCAAGAUCAGAUGGGCUAUCGGCCGAGGAGGCAAAAAAACGCCUCCAAGAUGGCGGGCCGAACGUCAUUGAGCCGCCGGCCGAAAAGAGCCUCAUCCGAUCGUUCGCCUCGCAAUUUCACUUCAAAUUCUGGGUCCUACUCACCGGCGCGUCAAUGCUGUCGGUGAUCACGUACUUUGUGCAUUUGGCCCACGGCUUCAAUGAGCCCCUCAAUCUCUAUUGUGCUGCCAUACUCCUUGGUGUCGUCUUUUUUAUGUGUCUGCUUUCCAUACAUCAGGAGAGGAAGACCAGGAUGGUCCAACAAAACUUCAAGAAGCUUCUCCCCAUCACAGCCAUUGUCAUCCGGGAUUGUGAGGAGAAAGAAAUUGACCUUGCUGAAGUGGUCGUCGGGGAUAUUGUCGUUAUUAGACAGGGUUUCCGUAUCCCAGCCGACGUUCGCAUUCUCCAGGCUCACUGCAUGAAGAUCGAGUCUUCGGAAGUGACAGGUCACCGGAAACCAGCCGAAUACGCUGCCAGCGAGGUCGCCUCUCACAUUUCGGCCUUUGACGCGAAGAAUAUCGCUUUUAAGGGUUCCUACUGUACGGAGGGUGACGGAAUGGGCGUAGCCAUUCGUACUGGAAAGUUUACGGUACUUGGCGAGAUUGCCGAAAUGCACACACAGCCUGCUAUUGAGACGAAGCUGCAAAAGGAGCUACGAGGUUUCGCCAAUUUCGUAACGAUGCUGGCGAUUUGCAUGGCGUCGGCGACGUUCAUUCUUGGAUGCAUCGUCGCAAAAUUCGAGAACGUGCUCGACCACUUCGUCACUGGUUUCCUCGUCAUAAUCGUUGCCAAUGUCCCUCAGGGCCUUCCGGCUACCGUACUCUCACAGCUGAGAAUUAUCGCUCGUCGCUGUGCCCAGAAGAACAUCUACAUCAAGAAGUUGGACUUGAUCGACGAACUUGGCGCGGCUACCGUAAUCUGCAGUGACAAAACGGGCACACUGACGAUGAACCAAAUGGUGGUCACCGAUCUGUGGUACAAUCAGAAAUAUGUGCCGGGAAACAUCGUUGAUCCGAAGAACCCGCAUAUACGAGCCAUCAGAAAGGGAAAAGUCGAGUCGCCGCUCCUCGAGAUGCUGACGGUGAUGAGUGUAUGUAAUCGGGCACAAUUUGAUCAGACGCGUUCAAAGAUGUAUCGUGUCUCAACCCUUCGUGCCCUCGAAAAGGCCACUUCUGAGGCCCAAUUUAUCGCACCGGUUAAGAAGAAGUUUACGAUUAUUAACCCAAAAACCGGAGCCGAAUCCCAGCCUCGAUUGACGACCGGAAGCAAUUCGGCAGCCGAUCUGGAAGCGCUGAGCCGGACUGAGGAAUCUGUGACUUGUGAGGGAACGAGUCGACAAGCCGGAUCAUCGAAGCAACGAAAAAAGGGAGACAUCUUUGGAAUACCAUCUGAUGUUGCAUUGGCGAAAUAUGUAGAACUGACGGCAUCCGUGGAGGGCAUUCGGCAGAGAUAUCAGGUGGUCUACGAGGUUCCCUUCAAUUCUCUACGACGAUAUCAGCUGGUAGUAGCGAGAUGUAUGGCCGAGGCGAUUGAUGGGGAAGAGGAGAAGCCAUUACAGGGCGAAUGCCGUUUUGUGAUAAUGAUGAAAGGGGCCCCGGAACUGAUUCUUUCUCACUGUUCUUCGCAGCGCGGAAGAGAUGGACUCUCCCCUGUGGAUCAACACUUCAGAAAUGAGGCACAGGAGGCCUGGGAGCAGUUCGGGCAUGCCGGAAGGAGGGUGAUCGCAUUUGCACAGAAGCACUUCAACGCCGAUUCGGGGACUCGAUUCCCUCCUGGUGAUGAUCUUGUAGAUGAUCACUGGCCAAAAGAUCUCGAAUUUCUCGGAAUGGCUGCCAUUAUGGAUCCGCCAAGACCCGAGACGGCCACCGCCAUCCAUCAAUGCAAGCAGGCUGGGAUCAAGGUGUUCAUGAUUACCGGUGAUCAUCCAACGACCGCCACGGCUAUUGCACAGCAGAUUGGGCUCAUAGCGGAGGCACAGACACCGCACCUUGGCCACAAAUCGAAGGCGGACGGAUCGAGUGAUUGGACGGUGGUGACGGGGGAUCAAUUGUCAACAUAUACCAAACAGGAUUGGGACCAUUUGCUCCGUCAUAAAUACAUCGUCUUUGCUAGAACGAACGCCGACGAGAAGCUGAAUAUCGUGACGGAAUGCCAGAAUCGUGGAGAGGUGGUAGCCGUGACGGGCGGUGGUGUAGAUGAUGCUCCAGCUCUUGCUCAUGCCAACAUUGGAAUAGCCGUCGGUCUAUCUGGCAGUGAUGUGGCAAAACAGACGGCUGACAUCGUGCUCCUUGACGACAAUUUCGCCUCGAUUGUACAGGGAAUUGAGGAGGGGAGGCUGUUGUUUGAUAAUCUACGACUAUCCCUGGCCUACACGUUUGCCCAUCUUUGGCCGGAAGUGGUCCCAAUCAUGCUGACAUUUCUCUUCGGGUUGCCCCAUGGGUUGUCGCCACUUCAGAUUCUAUCCGUGGAUUUGGCAUCAGAAUUGCCGCCUUCGAUCUCGUUGGCCUACGAGCAGCCGGAACGAGACAUCAUGCUGACGCCACCUCGAAGUAGAAGCGCCAAAUUGUUGAGCAAGGGAUUGAUCCUGUAUUCGUAUCUAUUUGCCGGAUGUGGAAUCACCGCUGGGUGUAUCUUCUCCUUUCUUGCUGUCUAUUGGUACUACAACAUUCCACUCUCUCAAUUGGUCUACACCGCUGAGCAUCACUGGAAGAUCGGUGCGGCAAAUCUCACGAUCGGUGACGCCUUCCAAAACGUGACCUACACCGAGGAGCAACAGCUACAUAUCAAGGGACAGGCGGCAGCCGCUUGGCAAAUUACACUCGUCAUGAGCCAGGUAUUCCAUCUGUGCAACUGUACGACGCGCCGAGUCUCCGUUUUUCGUCACGGAAUCACGAAUGUCGUCUCCUUCUUUGCCGUCAUCAUCGAGGUGCUAAUGCUGAUCAUGUUCGUCUACACGCCAGCCGCCCAAUACGUCAUGGAUAUCCGAUCACCACCGGGAUUCGUGUGGGCGUUCGCGCCGUUCGUCGGCUUGUACCUGCUCGUCUUCAACGAGUUGCGAAAAUUCCUGAUCCGGCGGCAUCCGAGGCAUUGGCUCGUCAAACUCAUCAAAUGG